GAGGUGCGCUGUGGCGGGGCUUGCUGGGAUCAUGGCGGAGAAUCACUGUGAGCUGCUGCCGCCGGCCCCGGGCGGCCUCGGGGCGGGGCUGGGAGGCGGCCUGUGCCGCCGCUGCAGCGCGGGGCUCGGCCCCCUGGCUCAGCGGCCCAGCUGCGUGUCCAAGUGGGUCCGGCUCAACGUCGGCGGCACCUAUUUCCUCACCACCCGGCAGACGCUGUGCCGGGACCCGAAGUCCUUCCUGUACCGCCUGUGCCAGGCCGACCCCGACCUGGACUCGGACAAGGAUGAAACAGGUGCCUAUUUAAUCGACAGAGACCCCACCUACUUCGGGCCUGUGCUGAACUACUUGAGGCACGGGAAGCUGGUCAUCAACAAGGACCUCGCAGAGGAAGGGGUGUUGGAGGAAGCAGAAUUUUACAAUAUCACCUCACUAAUAAAGCUUGUAAAGGACAAAAUUAGAGAACGAGACAGCAAAACAUCACAGGUGCCUGUGAAGCACGUGUACCGCGUGCUCCAGUGUCAGGAGGAGGAGCUGACGCAGAUGGUGUCCACCAUGUCUGACGGCUGGAAGUUUGAGCAGCUGGUCAGCAUCGGCUCCUCCUACAACUACGGAAACGAAGACCAGGCCGAGUUCCUGUGUGUGGUGUCCAAGGAGCUGCACAACACCCCGUACGGCACAGCCAGCGAGCCCAGCGAGAAGGCCAAGAUUUUGCAAGAACGAGGUUCAAGGAUGUGAGACUCGGUAUUGACAGCUGAAGAAAUUAUUUACUUUUUCCCAAGAUGCAAUGAGCCGCCAUGUCCAGGAAGCUUGGCCGUGAGAAGAAAUCUGCUUUUGAUCAUUUUUCUAGAGAUCUGGGUGUGAAUCCUUUUUUGCCUCUGAGGUGGGUGGUGAGAGACGGCCCAGCUGUCCAAGGCCGGGCCUCACCGCAGGGAGGAGGCACGGUGGCCGUCUGCUGGGGCCUCGCUCUGGUCCACGUGCCGGGUGGCACUGAGGCAGAGUGCUCCUGACCAGCCGUGUGACCCUGGAGACCCUGUUGAGGAUGGCGUUCUUGGUGCUACACACAGUCUGGGGUAAACAGCCUGGGCCUCGCGGCAGGACGUGGUGGCGGCCGUGGGGGUCUGGGUGCCGGCUCUCGCUGCUGGGGCACUGGGGCUCGUCUCCAGGCGCCAUCCGUCUCUCAACCUUGGCAGAGGCUCCGGACAGGAGGUGGCCUCCGUAUCGUCACUACUUCCGGGUAUGCGCCCUGCGCCCGGCCUCCCUCAGAGCCAGGCCCGGAGCAGCCCAGGCCUCUCAGUUUGAGUUUCCCAGGCGCGAGAACUUGGCAUCCCUUUUUUCAGGUGUGGACAGACUGCCCAGUGUUUGUGCUCUUCAGAGACGCCUGAGGGUGUGGCCCCGCUGUGGACUGACGUGUGGAGCGCUUGGAUGGGAGGCGGGAGUUCGGCCUGGCCGCCCCACCCGUGGGCUCCGGGGGAGCCGGCGCCCACCAGUGCCUUUGUCGCCUGGGAGGGAGGUUGGGGUGGCUGCUGGAGCCAGGGCUCUGGCCACGUUUACAGCGCGUCCCCGUCUCGCGCCCACUCUCGUUUCUUGGUGUAACUAUGCAGUUCUCUCGUGUUUCUGGGAUGUUUGCGACUUCACACAGCCCGCACGGGCUCCGCCCACCCCACGUGACGGUGGAGCUGCUGGGACUCCUUGCAGGCUGCUCCCGCGUGCUUUGAAGACAGCCCUCCCCCGGCACGCUCUGCUCGUCCUGCGGCUCCGGGCGGGCUGCGCACCCUGGCCCUGGGCGAGUCGGCGCGCUGACGCCGCCCCGGUCAGAUGCUCUGAAGACUUCUGCCCUGGAGCCGGCUCCCCCCUCCUUUGCCAGCAGCCUCGUUCCCAAGGUCUCCAGCGUCUGGGACUGACCUCCUCCUGUUCUAAGGUCUCUUGAAUGGUGUUACAUGUUUGGCUUAAACCAUUUAUAAUGGUCUUUUAGAGGGUGGACUAGACCCCUGGCUGGCCGUGUCCUGCCGGGGGAGCCCCGGGAGGAAGUUGGCCCUGGUGUUGCGGGGGCGUCCUGCCAGAAGAUGCUGGCUGCUUAGCAAUGUUUGGUUUGUGACCGUGACAUAAUAGAUAACAGGCUUGUGGUGGUUUUUUUGUUUUUUUGUUUUUUGUUUUUUUUUUUAAUUUAAAGACAUUAAGACUUAAUUCACUAAAAUGUAUUCUAAGGGGAUAUUUAUACUUUUGUACUUUUUUAGGUAUCCGUAUUUUAUCAGCUUACCGUUUAAUGCCUAAGUUUCCCCUGAAAAUAGCAAAUAAAUUGUGUAUUUAUGAA